CAGCGCGCAGCGAAGAUGGCUGAGAAGCAGAAGCACGACGGGCGGGUGAAGAUCGGGCACUACGUGCUGGGGGACACCCUCGGGGUCGGCACCUUCGGCAAAGUCAAGAUUGGAGAACACCAGCUGACAGGACAUAAAGUAGCCGUAAAAAUUUUAAAUAGACAGAAAAUUCGGAGUUUGGAUGUGGUUGGGAAAAUCAAGAGAGAAAUUCAAAACCUAAAACUUUUUCGGCACCCUCAUAUUAUCAAACUAUAUCAGGUCAUCAGCACUCCAACUGAUUUUUUCAUGGUAAUGGAAUAUGUAUCUGGUGGCGAAUUGUUUGAUUACAUCUGUAAGCAUGGACGUGUGGAAGAUGCAGAGGCUAGACGCCUUUUCCAGCAGAUCCUCUCUGCAGUGGAUUACUGUCACAGGCAUAUGGUUGUCCACAGAGACCUGAAACCAGAGAAUGUGCUGCUGGAUGCACACAUGAAUGCCAAGAUAGCUGAUUUUGGGUUGUCGAACAUGAUGUCAGAUGGUGAAUUUCUGCGAACCAGCUGUGGCUCCCCAAACUAUGCAGCACCUGAAGUCAUCUCCGGAAGGUUGUAUGCUGGCCCUGAGGUGGAUAUCUGGAGUUGUGGUGUUAUUCUCUAUGCUCUUCUCUGCGGGACGCUGCCAUUCGACGAUGAACACGUUCCCACGCUCUUUAAGAAGAUCCGUGGAGGUGUUUUCUAUAUCCCCGAAUACCUCAACCGUUCAGUUGCCACUCUCCUCAUGCACAUGCUGCAGGUUGACCCACUCAAGCGAGCAACCAUCAAGGACAUAAGAGAACACGAGUGGUUUAAACAAGACUUGCCCACUUACUUGUUUCCAGAGGAUCCUUCUUACGAUGCCAAUGUCAUUGAUGACGACGCAGUGCGGGAAGUUUGUGAGAAGUUUGAAUGCACGGAGUCGGAGGUGAUGAACAGCGUGUAUAGCGGUGACCCCCAAGACCAGCUUGCAGUAGCUUACCACCUUAUUAUUGACAAUCGGAGAAUCAUGAACCAAGCCAGUGAGUUCUACCUCGCCUCUAGUCCUCCCACUGGCUCAUUUAUGGAUGACAGCACUAUGCACAUACCUCCGGGGGUAAAACCGCACCCAGAGCGGAUGCCUCCUUUAAUAGCAGACAGUCCCAAAGCACGGUGUCCCUUGGAUGCACUGAAUACUACCAAGCCAAAACCGCUGACUGUGAAAAAAGCCAAGUGGCAUCUAGGAAUCCGCAGUCAAAGCAAACCACAUGACAUCAUGGCUGAAGUGUACCGAGCUAUGAAACAGCUGGAUUUUGAAUGGAAGGUGGUGAACGCCUAUCAUCUUAGAGUGCGUCGAAAGAACCCGGUGACCGGGAAUUAUGUGAAAAUGAGUUUACAGCUUUACCAGGUUGACAAUCGCAGCUAUCUUUUGGACUUUAAAAGCAUUGAUGAUGAUGUCAUGGAGCAGAGGUCAGGCUCCUCCACACCACAGCGCUCAUGCUCUGCGGCUGGCUUGCACAGACCAAGACUGAGUAUUGAUUCUACCACUGCUGAAUUCCAGUCGCUUACUGGAUCCCUGACUGGCUCCUUGAUUGGGAGUGUGGCCUCCGUUACUCCACGCCUGGGUAGCCACACCAUGGAUUUUUUUGAAAUGUGUGCCAGUCUGAUCAUGGCAUUAGCUCGCUGAUGCUCAGUGCUGAGGCUUCUGUCCCUCGUCACGCGUGAUUGCACUGAGAAUCUGGUCCUAGGUUAUUUCUUUUUCGGUUGGUUUUGUCGUAUCCUGGGCAUAGUGUACACCGUAGUGCAAAAACACCCCCCCAAGACCCAAAUACUCCCUUCAGUGGAUCCAGUUCCCAUUACAAAGCACUGAGGGAACUAGAAACAGGCUUGUCUCAUUUAUGACCCUAGUUUCACCACAGUAUAAACCAAACUGCUUUUACUAGUGAAGAUGAAUGGGGAAAAACUGGGCAUGCCUUUAAAACAGUAACUGCAUCAGUAAACAGCCCUUCCCUAAGUGCUACCUGUCUCUACUUGUGGAAACUUGGCUAGCCUCAAUAUCUACAAUAUGGAUAUUCUCUAGUGACAUAUAUAGUGUAUCCCCUGUGCUAUUCAAGGGGGCUCACUCGGGUGAACCCGAUGAAAGGUGUAGACAAGUAACUAUAUUAAACAAAAUCCAGCUGUAAUAAAACUACUGCAGUUUACAAACUGAUGCCAGCCGGCCUCUGUUAACAGCUCUGACAUAAAAACCAGCAGCUGCAUUGAGGUUUCUGUGAUCUUGGAACAUGCAACCCCAUUUUAUAUAUGAGGUGGCAGAAGUGUAGGGUCACACACGAGCCACAGCUCACACCUCUUCGAGACCUUCACACAUUAAAGGCUUUGAAUUAGAGAGAGUUGUUUCCCCAGAAGAUUUCCCCCUCCCUCCUCCAUUGCACCUGCUUUGGGUCUGUGGAACAGUCCUGGCCUGGCGGCCUCUUUUUAAUGUUCAAGGCUAUGUGGCUUUCCCCAGCUCUGGCCACCAGUUGCAUUGCACAGUGUACACUCAACCUGCUUUUGAUCACAUUACUAUAAACCUCACCUCCUACAAAAUAUUUCAAAUAGCUGCCUCAUAAGCAGCACAGAUUUUUGACCUGGAGGAAAAUUCUUAACUCCUCAGUAGCUGAAGCCCAUGCCAAGUUUUGUGCAAUGCCCCGUUUAACACUUCUGAGUAGUAGUCACCGCUCUCUCCUUCAGGGUAUCAUUCCCUCCUGAGCAGAAGCAAGUGGGGGAGAGGCCGAGGGAUUGGGUGGAGGGAGCCAUUUGAGAACAGGGUUCUGAAGAUACUUCGUGGGAGCAGAGAAAGAAAGAAUCUAGAAGAGGGACUGUUGGGGCGUUGACACUGUCUGGGUGGUAUUAUCAAGGACAGUGGGAACAGAACCGCUCCAGUCUGCUCCUCACCCCAUUAGCUGUCCAGGCCCAUCCCAAUCCUCUUUCAGCCCAUAAGUGACAAAUAGCUGGCUUGCUUAAGUGGGGGUGGCACUUUUCCUUUGUGACAUACACAGGCACCUGUGAGGUUCAACAGAGUUUACAUUUCAACUGAUCUCUCUCAUAGCAGGUCCCUUUUUUAUUCUUGAUCCCUUCCCCAAGUCAGCUGCCAAAUGUACCUUAUCGGUCUUACAGCGUAGAGGGGCUCCCUCCUGUACUGGUUCCUGAUAGUCAGCAGUUAAGUUUCAAAGUGGCGUUCCAGGCCUUAGGGCUUUCAUGUACUUCUAACGCUCCAUAGACUGUGACCUUCGCUGCUAUACCAAUAAGGCGGGGGAUGUCUUAGGCUUUUAUUAUUGGCUAACUGAAGGAUAAGCUUUUGUUAAAAUAAAGAGAGGGAAGUGUAAGGUUAAAAGAUUUGUUACACAAGGGUAAACUCCUCACGUACGGACUUUUU